AUGUCACCGAUGUGUCAAGUGCUCCUUGUUCCCCCGGCGGCUCCUUGUUCCCCUAGCAGAGCGAGGGAUUACAGGAUAAUUUCUUACCACAUGUGUGCAUCAAGCUUGGGUGGGAAAACUUAUCCCUCAAAGGAAACAAGUAUGCGUUUUGGUGCGAGUGUACGAGAGAUCUUUGCUUUAAGCAAUUUUAUGCUUGCUAGAUUUGAGCAAGACAAGGAGCCGGAAAGUGUAUCGAAGUUGUGGGUCUUGGUCGAUCCGAAGAAGUUGCAGCUGAUGGUAUUGUCAUUUAUUGAGGGGAACAAUGAGGCGGGGCCAUUGCUUGGUGAUGAUAAGAAGCCUUGGUGA